AUGCAAGAGUUGCAAGCUAUGAACAGAACUCAGAAGUUCUUCACAGACAUGGAAAUGGUGGCUGCGCAACAGCUAAUGCAACUAAGCGAUGAGGAUAACAGCAAUAGCAACAGCAUUAAUGAAAAGAAAAGCAAAAACAUGAAGAAGAGUGGUUUUGAUGGGGAUAUUGAGGAGGAGUUUGAUCGGUUUAUUAGCCAAGACGAGAUUACUUCGAAGAAGAUUGAAGAGAUUUUUGGCAAAGAAGAAGAGGAAAAGAUUAGUAUUAUUCUUGGAAGGCCAAGAAAGAAAAGAUAUAGGUCUCUCGAGAGUAUUUACAAGACCACCAAGCAAAUAAAGGUUGGAAAUUAG